ACACAACGGCGCUGCUUAAAUAACAAUCAAUGAAAAUUUCAAAAAGUUGGCUUUAUUUCGUGGAAAUAUGCAUAAAAUUUAAUUGUACAUACAAGGGAAGUGGAUCUGGUGGCAUUUCAUAAGCCACGCUAUCUGCUGCAGGGCCGCAGAUUUAACAACAACAGGAAGAACUUCGGUUACGCCACUGCGCUUGGCGCGCUUCAAAUCCGAAUUGCACGUGCUAAUUUCGGUCGUUUUAUUAGAAAAUUAUGAACGAGAACCGCUAUGGCGCACUUGGAGCACUCAUUGGUGUGGCAUACGUGAGCAAUACGCAUUGCCGCUUUAUGAUUUAUUCUACAAAAAAUGCCGAAGUAUUGACAUUCCAUGAGCUGAAGUUGCGUCAGAUAGUCCAUAAUGCUGGCUGGCUAGAAUAUGAUCCUGCCGAAAUCUGGAAACAUAUGCAGGAAUGUAUUGAGAAUGCAUACAAAAACUUAGUCAUACUGGAAAUCAAUCCACAUGACAUCAUAGCCGUAGCCAUUGCCAAUCAGCGGGGCACCACAGUACUUUGGAACAAACAGACGGGUCAAGCUCUGCAUAACGCUAUUGGAUGGAACGAUUGUCGCUGCACUGGUGUGCUCAAAACGCUGUUGCACAAUGUCAAGCAUAAUGUGAACUACGUGCGCUACAGGAGCGGCCUGCCACUAAGCGGUUGUUUCAGCGCCCUCAAGUUGAAGUGGCUUCAGGAUCAUGUCCCCGCAGUGGCCAAAGCCAUGGAAGAGGAGCAGUGUUUAUUUGGUACAUUAGACUCUUGGUUGUUAUGGAACCUCACUGGUGGCACUGAUGUAGGCGCACAUUUAACGGACGUAACCAACGCACACUACACAUCACUCAUGAACAUCGCCACCCAGCAGUGGGAUGCCAAACUGUGCAGUUUUUUUAAACUUCCCAUGCACAUACUGCCGGGCAUUCGUUCCAAUUCGGAGAUCUUUGGUAACAUUGCUGAUGGUCCGUUAAUCGGCGUGCCUGUGGCGGGUAUUAUAGGCGAGCAACCGGCGGCGCUGCUUGGCCAAUUAUCUAUAAAGGCGGGUCAGAAUGUGUGCACAUUAGAUGACAGUUGCUUUGUGCUGCUCAAUACGGCACAACAAAUGAUAGCUUCGGAAAAUGGUUUAAUUACGGGAAUAGCACACAAACUGGGGCCGACGGCUGCGACGCAUUUCACACUCGAGGGUGCCAUCUCUAACGCGGGUUCCACUGUCAGUUGGUUACGGCAGGGUCUACGCAUAAAUACCGAAAUCAAUUCCAAUGAUAAUGUGGUUGAAUCGCUUAACACAUUUUUGGGCGAGAGCUCCAUGAUCUCCUCGUCCUGUUCCUCAAGCAUGCUCAAUGCGGAGUGUGGACUUGCUGCCAAACGUUCGGAGAUCACCUUUGUUCCUGCAUUUCAUGGACUGUAUGCGCCAUAUUGGCGAUACGAUGCGCGUGGAAUAUUGCUCGGCCUAACGAGCCAAACCACGGCAGAGAACAUCACCCAGGCUGCAUAUGAGGCGACCGGUUUUCAAAUAUACGAAGUGUUGAAUGCCUUCAAACGUGAUACCCCCAAUUGGGACCGAUCGUGUAUCAAGGAUACGUUGACAUUCGGCGGCGAAUAUGGGGAGAAUACGAACUUGGUGCAGUUCAUAGCAGACAUUUUGGGGUGCAUGCUGGAGCGGCCACAGACAACUUCGCCUGCGGGCUUGGGUGCCAUGAUAGCCGCUGGCGUAACCAUGCGCUUGGUAUCACUGCCAUAUGCGGUGCGCAUGUAUACGCCACCUGUGGAUGCAUUUAGUCCGACAACAACACAUAACCGUCGGGAACUGCUGUAUCGUCGCUGGGACUACGCUGUCAGGAAAUGUUUACAAUGGAACAAUUAUGAGACGUACGAAGCCGAUGUGGAGCUUUUUGCACAGCGUGAACGAGAUCCCAAUAUUAAUAUACGUCGCUCUAUACCUGGCAGCGUUUUUCUAACCACUUCAUUUGCAUUGCUGCUUAUCGCCAGUUUCCUCAAGAACAAUUCCUUGACCUAGGCUUUAGGUUCCCGUUCAAGUGUUGCACAAAAAACCGUCUAGUCAAAUGUUAUGAAAAGUUGGGUCGAGCCGCAGUCAAAAUUAAUUGUUUAGUUAAGCCGGUAAUUCUUUUAUUUUUCUUCGGCCAGUUGGGGGUUUCCCGUCGUUUCAAGCCAAUUAUAUGUAGAUCAAAUGUUUGUGAUUUGUUUAGUAUAUAUGUAUGUAUUUAUAUAUAUGCCUAACUUAUAUACUCAUAGUGAAUGGUAUUGCGAAUUGUUUUAUAUGCUUAGUUUUUCAUCUUAUUAUUAACUACUUUAUUUAAGUGAAUUAGUCUAUUACGGAACGGAUUUCCAAAUGAAAGACAAUUGUUAAAGGUGUUCGAGUAAGCUGAAGCAUUGGGCAUUGCAAGGAAUUAAGGCUUGUGGCACCAUGCUUCCUGUUGUUAAUUUUUAACCGAUGUAUAUAUAUAUAUAUACAUAAAUGAGCUAUUUAUUACAUGUAUAAAUACAAAAAUAUUUAAAAAUUUUA